UUUUAGUUUUGUUUAGACACUCUGUCGAUGGUAUUUGGCGCAACACGAGAGUACAUAUAGAUAUAGAUAUAGAUAUGCUUUUGAUUUUGAUUCGGUGUUAACAAACAAAGCAAAAGCAUUUGUAAGAACAUAUUAUUAUCAUCUGAUCAUCACUAAAAAGAAAGAAAAAGAAAGAGAAAAAAAAAAAGAGAAAGUAUUUGUUUUGGAUAAGAGUUGCGUAUGUUGGAUGGAGAAAGUGUCGGGAGAUGUAAUAAUGAAGAUAUUGGGUUUGUUGGAUCAUCAUCAGGAUCUCGUCUCUGCCCACCAAGUCUGCAGGAAGUGGAACCUCUUGGCUUCAGAUAACCAUCUUUGGUCUAACCUCUUUAUCCUGCGUUGGGGCAUAGACCGUUCCUUAUUCUAUGCCCCCACUACUACUACUACUACUACUCAUUCCUCUAAAUCUUGGAAACAUGUUUAUGCCGUUCAAGAUCGCUGUGAUCGUGUUGGCUUGGGAUUGAAGAUUAUUAGGGAAGGAGAUGAUUAUUUCCUCAUCCACCAAGGAGAAAUUCAACGACAUUUGGGUUCAAGAACUCCGCAACCCGGAACACAAGAUCCUUCAACCAGUUUGGCUGCUAGACAUACGGGAGAUGAGAUUAUGGUUAGAAACGAGUGUCAGAUGGGGAUUCUUGAUCGAAUCUUGUUCUUCAUUGGGGACUUGGAAACUGCAUCGGCCCCUGCAAAAAGGGGCCGUCUGUUGUAAUUUGUAAAUGUAACUCGCAAGUCUUCCAUGCGUAUGUAUUUAUGUUGUCAUUCUGAUCGUUGGUCAUAUAGCACAUGGAAAUUUUAGACUUUCCAUGCUCGAUGUUGUGAUGAUCAUAACUGUAAUUUUAUACUGUAAUCAUCAAGUGAUUAUAAGAUUAGUGUCUGUUGUUAAUGUAAA